AUGUUGAAGAGGAAUAACCGGUAUGGUUGCAGUCGCAGUAAAGUGACUAUUCUGGACAGCCUCCGUCGCUAAACUCAUGUUGAGAAGCGCUGCUGCUGAACGAAACAAAGACCCUAUUGCUGAAGUUUUGAAGAAGUACCUUGGCGACGGAAAAAAAGGUGGGUGAUUCGGAGCAAAACUUGCUAAAGGAAAUUUUUUUCAAUAUAUUUUUUUUCUCGUUCUGCGUUAACAUCCCCUUUUUUCAAAAAAAAACAAAUCAUUUUUUUAUAUGUAAUCAAUGAUUUGAAGAUAUUAUUUUUCUAUUAAAUUUAAAAGAUCAAAACUAAACCUUAUAGGUUUUGGAAAUCGCUUCUGGAACCGGGGUCCAUGCAAUUCAUCUUGCCGCAUGCUUUCCAAACGUGACGUUUCAACCCUCUGAAAAUGAUCCAAGAAUGCUUCAUAGCAUCGUUAAUUACAUCGACACGUUGCAGGUUAAUUAAUUAACAUUAUUACUAUUUCGUGGAACAGUGAUCUUUUUUUUGCGCUUAAUCAUUCUUUUCUAGAAAUUAAACAUUCUUUCCUUGUUUUAAUCAAGCUAAUUGUGUCUACUUAUUCCGAAGCUUUGCUGUAACUCGAGAACACGUGUCAACAUUUUUUUUUGCUCUCAAGUUUCUAGAGACAGGUUGACACAAAAACAAUAAAGUUUCUAAAAAAAAACAUUGAGAAAAACAUUGAGAAAACAACCUUACAGCCUCCUAACGUUCGGGUUCCACUUUUUUUGGACGCUACAAAGCCUUUUGAGCAAUGGGCUUUACCGGAAGAUUUCGCGCCGCAGACGGUAAAAAUGAGUCAAUCUUUUUGUGGAAAAACAUUUCAGGUUGAUGUCAUGCUCAAUAUUAAUAUGAUUCACAUCUGUCCAAAACGAGCAGUGAAGGGCCUUUUCGAAGUCAUUUUUUGGUAGCUUUGGUAGAGGAAAUGAAGCAUUUUAGGCUUCUAAUGCUCUCCUCAAAAAGGACGACGGACUAUUAAUAACUUACGGUCCGUAUAGUAUUGAUGGGAAGCUGACGCCGCAGAGCAAUGUUGAUUUCGACCACAGUUUGAAGAACCAAGAUCCUGAAUGGGGAAUCAAAGACGUCCGAGACUUGGAGAAGGUAACUGACGCGAUUUUUUUUAAUUUUUAAAAAGCUUUGAAAAUUUUUAAAUUAAUGGACAUGUUGAGACAGAAAGAAACAAUAAUCGGAAAUUAUUUUUUCUUAUCAAACCGCCUUUUUUUACUCAUUGUGAUAAUCUAAUAAAAACAUCUGAGAGAAAAGCUGAUAGUGAAUCAACUCUCUUCAUUUGUUUAGCUGAUCAAAUGAAUGUUUAACGCAACCUCUUUGUUUUUGAUGAGCUAGUUUGAAGUUGAAUGUUUUCAAAUCUCUGCUCUUUUUAACCCAGCAGGAACCAAAAACUUCCGAAAAAAAGUGAGUCGAUUCUUGUAAUCGUCGAAAAUUAUAUCAAAAAGCGCGAGGGAAAUAAUUUUCCGUGAGAUUUAAUCUUAUACGUUUGUUUUCACUAACUGGAGAAAGGCCAAUAGUAUUAACGGCUCGACCUUUUCGGAAUUUCAGCUCGCCGAACGUGCAAAUCUCCGUCUGGCAGUACAACACGACAUGCCAGCCAAUAAUAAAAUCCUAGUUUUUUCUCGUUAACUAUUGCAAUUAAUGCCCUUUUUUUGUUAUCGGGACACCACUUUCAAUCCAAGAAAACGAGUCAACUUCCCAUUUGCCUUCCUGUUUUUCGUUUUCUUUAAGUUAUGAUUUUUCUGCAACGCAUUGCCUAGUGAAACUUGGCUCCAAAUAGUUUUCGGAGCGUCACAUCAUAUGAACAGUGAUUGAUAUUGUUCAAUUUUCUAUUUUUCAUUACAUAAAAGUCUCAAUGAUUAUGUUUGGCCUGCUUGCAUCUCUUAAGGUUCACUGCUUGCAAAAAGAAAAGUUACCAAAUUUUUUUUGUUUUCUCAAUAAAUAUUUGUAAUGAUCCUUUUAUUUUUGUCGUGUUCAAGCAUUUUUAGGGGGCUGUAUAGAUAUAUUACUUUGAUUGGACGAGGAGAAAAACGCUCACUCAAGAUGCACAGAACGACAAAGCCUCUCUAGUAGAAGCAUACUUGCAAUCACUUUGAGGAUUUUUGUCAAUUAUUUUGUUAGCGGCUUUAUAAACAACGCUGUCAACCACUUCCGUUUGAGCCGAUCGAAGCCGUGCGUGACACGGCCAUCCGAGCUAUGAGCUUCAUUAUAAGUCAGGAAGCUUCCUAAUAAGAGCAUUAUGAUCUGCAUCCUCAUUGUUCGUUGAGGCGUGUUUGCGUCUCAAUAGCUCGAGAGCCCUCAUUUAAAGCCUGACAAAGUUACUCAACCCUAAUGUGAUUCAGUGCAAACUUUACAGUUUUUUAAACCCGUUUAUUCGAUGAUACCCUGCACGUGCUAUUUAGGACUGCUUUUUUCUCAACUUUCGAAACAUGUAUUUAAAAAACUCAGAAUUUGGAGAAACUACAGCUGUUCCUAUCUCUAAACUUGUCCUAACACUGAUAGAUUCAAUUUAAUUUGUAAUCUCACGCACCACUUUUCAAACUAUUUGUUACUCGUUUUCUCAACCAACGAGCAAAAAUCGGGGUUCAAACGAAAUACGCUUGGGCGGAUCUUCAUUUCAUCUCCUCCUAGGUAUUUGCAAUGCCUGCUUUUUCAAACUAAUUAGCAACUGGGAGGCGUUUACUCACUGUUUACUCUUCAUUUUUCCCGCCGUCUCGCUUCUGGUUGUCCCGGAGAUUCUUACUGGGGAACUUAGUAGUACCGAUUAGUUCAAGAGAACUCUCUUAGUUGCAUCGAACUGGCAUCAUGGAGCAAGUCUGGCUGUGGGCGUACGAGAAUAGGUUCUUUAAUUUUAUUGAUCGUUAUAGGAAACUCACCGUCAAUUCAACCAGAUUAGUUCUGAAGUCAAAGUUAAUUGAUAUUUCAUCGGAUUAAAGACUCGCAAUAGUUCGCCUUGAUUUCCUCGAUAUUUCACACUUCUUUUCUUUUUGGCUCUCUUAAGAGCUUAAAAGUCUCCCUUCUUUCAAAUUUUUUUGUGUUCUCAACAAUCCUAUCACACAUAAUUUUUCGGAGAACUGGUUUUCUUGGAGCGUCGAAUCAUUUCACGAUUCUCAAUAUUGCACCAUAUGCUUACAACAAUUUUACUAGAUACUGAAGCAGUGUCUUCUAAUCACAGCUUUACUAACCAAACAAGAAGAUUUUCUUUUUCCUUAUUGUCGUCGAAACACAAAAAACCUAAGCAGUGUAGUUCGAAAUCUCGCGUCCGCUACUAGAGAGCUGGGAACACGCCCUCUUCAGCAUCUCUCGGCUCCAAAAAGUUGCUUUACAGAGGAGUCGCUGUUUUCAACAUGACUGGAGAAGAAUGUUCGCUGGCGAACUCGAUGGCUCAGGAGCCUUUCUAUAUAUUGCCUCAAGUGAAUGGAAUACUGCUGGGCAUUUUCACUAUUGCUUCAGUCGUUUAUCUUGCCAAACAAUCUGAAAAAAUAUAUUAUCACACCAACGUCAAAGUAAUUUAUUAGUUAUCUUCAGAAACCGAGUUUUCAAAAUUUUCAGAUUCUGCUCCUUUUGAACGUCUUUCUGUGCAUCACCUUGUCUCUUUCGGUUACACUGAGCUACGUGCUUUACCUUCUGAAAUGGUGGAAGCACACGUCCGAUUGCGAACUUCUUUUCGCGACGUCUUUUUGCUCGCCGAUUCGCCGAGUUGCUCUGUUAGUCGUACUACUUUGAAAACUUCUCACAACAUUUUUUCAGUACUUCUUACACUGGGUUGACCGUUGGACAAGUGGCAUUGAUUCUGGAGCGGGCUUGGGCCACUCACCGCUUAGGAAAGUACCAAAAGCAAGGAUGUGCUCUCGGACUUGUGCUGUCUGUGUUAACGGUGAGUUUGAAAUCUUGAAUUCUUGUCAUGAUCAGUUGAUUGAUAAUUAUCCUUCAGGUGCUCUUCUCGUACAUGGUGAUUGAUGCCGUGUUGAACGUGGAGAAUCCUGAAGAAAUGAUGACAGUUUGCUCAGCGUAUUCCGCUUCGCCUACUAUUGGGCCACGUGUGUACAACGUCUUCCGGGUUCAAUUAUGUGGCGGAGCAUUCAUUCUCAUCGCUUACUAUUUUCUUCACCUCAAGAACAAGAGAAAGUUUGUUGAAAUAGAGAAAAUACGAUCUAUAAAUGGGGUUUCAGCAAAUCGGCAAACUUGAACUCUAAGUUUCAACAACACGAAAAUGUGGUAGUCUUGCGUCACAUUGCGCCUUUGGUCAUAGCAAACUGCGGUAGCAUGGGUGCAUAUAUUGUAGCUGCUUCGAUUGUUCGCGAGUUCAUGGGCGUUUUCGGACCUCGUCUCUACAGACUCAUCAUCAUCAAUAUCUUCGUAAGAUCAUUUCAAUUUCCUGCGUAGGCCGCGAAGGGAAACAAUCCUUCGUCUGUGGUUAUUCAAUUUGCAGAAAACCUCUGAAAAAAGUAAAGACAUGUUGGGUUGCCAAAAGUCGAGCGAAAAAGAUAAAAACACCUAAAACAUCGAAACAGGCAAUUUUUUGCUUGAUUUAAGUUUUUGUUAAUUAAGAUUACUUUUGCAGAAAAAGCUCUCUGGAAAGCGAAACUCAAUCUUUCUUUUGACAAUCCUUAAAUUGUUUUUCUUUCAGUUCCUUCCUUACUCCCCCGCUCUCUUGAUGGUCGUCCUCAUCCUGGUCGUUCGCCAUGACUACAAGCAACGUCAAUCCGCUCUCCGGGAGAUAUCUUCGACCAAAAAGGAAAUGAACAACGGAAAGAGCUACUUCCAACAGUACUCUGACCAAUGGAACGUUGACCACAAGAAGGAUCCUCAACACAGUUCCUGUUGGCCCCUGUGAUCGACGCAAUGCUAACUGAACCAAAUAAACUUGCGCUCUCCUUCAUUUUUCCACAUUUUUUUUUAAUUGGGCGCAAGUUAAUCUUAAGUUUUUCCUAAUAUUUUAGGUCGUUUUGAAAGUUAUUAUCUCGUUUUUUUUCACCACGUCGGUUAUCUCCCAACGUCUUCAGAUCAUUCGGUUCACGUUUGGACGCUCUCCUGUCAAAGGGCUAUUUGUUUUCUGACAAGUUCUCAGAAAUUUAUGAUGACAUUUCUUGUAACGUGACAAAUCCACAAAGAGGGGCAGUAUACAUAGUUCAAAGCCAUUUUUAAACAAUUAAGUCUUUUCAUAGUUUUCUUUUUUCAACUAAUUUUUUCACCUUUAAACAAACUCCACAUAAAUGUUCAUAUGAUCAUAUUUUUCAAUUUUUUGUCAUCUAAUGUUUUUGAUCAGCAAAUUAAGUUGUUUAUUCAAAAAAAUGAAUCAUUGUUCUUUUCGUUUAAUUAAUGAGCUCUCAUCUACCAUGUGAGUGAUUUUUGAUUGUCUAUGUUUUUUUCGCCGCUAUUAUUAUCAUCAUUAAUUGAACUUCAUCAGCGACCCCAUUUUUUUCUCAAUUUGUUACAGUAAGUUUUUGUUUCAUACUUGUAACUUAAUUCGAUUGUUGUUGAGUACGAUAAAGCCAGCAGACAAUUAGAGAUCUAUUCCAGACGCUUUGGCAUUUCAAAUUUUUAAUUAGAAAAUUAAUUUACGCUCGAAUGAACUGAUCAAAGAACACUGAUAGCGGAAGAAUCAAAUGUCGCAUUUUUAUGGUCAGAUGAUUAUGGAAUUAAGCAUAACAAUCUUUGAGUCAUAGAGCCGCCAAACAACUUGAUUUUUUAUCUUCAAUAAGCUAUGAGAAGUACUAAUUUUCUCGGAAACCGUCGAAAAAGAUUUUGAAAUUUCAAAAUAAGCAGGAGAAAUAGACAAAGUUACUCAUGAAAAGGCAAAACUUUUGAGAAAUAGAGAAGAGAUAAAUUCAAAGUUUGGGGUUUCAAAAACAUUUUUUCAAUGCUUCGAGAAACACAAACUUUUUAAUCAGAACAUUAAAUGAAAAAUCUGCAUCCUUUUUUCCAACUUUUACGCGUCUUCAAUCAAUUAAUCAUUUUAUUCUUGCAAGAUCGGAAUGGUAUGGUGAUGUUGCAAGGAUAGAAAAAGACCACUAGGUGGAUUAAAUAACCACACCUGGAAAAAAAAUUAUUCUCCACAAGUUUUUAUAUAAAAAUUUUUUUAAGUUCAAGAUAUCUGCGGAAUAUUCAUUCGCUCAGCCAAGUCGCUCAAUUUCAAAUCUAAUUUUGACAAGCCCCGAGAGCAGGAAAAUAUUUUUUUAUUAUCCCAAAAGAUAAGUACACUAUUUUUUGAUUUGCAGCUGACAAUGAAAAAAAUAAAAUCAAAAAAAUUUCAAUACUACUUUAUUCAGUGCGUUUUUAAGUGUAUUUCAAAGAUUGAAGCUUUCUUUUCAUUUGAAUAAAAAAUUUUAUCGAAAGGUCUCCUGCAGCUAACAUCUACAAAGGUAGUUAUCUCCCAGUCCCAUGUGUCUUCCUCUUCAAGUUCCGCUUCUAGUUUCAUCAUCCUAGGAACAAAGCAUUUCGCACAUUCAUUUGAAAAGAACUGCUGACUUCGAAGUUGUUUGAUAGUUUGAACUUCAACUCUUUUCCCUUUAAGUUUGUCUUUCUUGUAUUCAAAUUCUUCGAAAAAGUCCGAAGCAAAGACUUUUCUGAAUUUAAAAAAUCCCCGGACCUGGUAAGUCACACCUUUUUUUAUUUUUUUACAGAGUCAUUCUGAUGAGAUGCUGUCUUAAGCUAGCCAUGAACAAAAACUUUGAGCCUGCAAGAGUUUGGCUUCGCUUUCAAUACGUUGUAUAGAAUUUUUUUUUCGGUCCUUAUUUUGAAGGUUACGUUUAAACGUAGAGAACAGACCAGCCGCUACCUGAACUACUAUCUUGGGCUGGAGAUCAACCGCAGUGAAGAGGAGCCGACGAUCAAUACGGGUCGUGACCCCUCGUUCUCACAACUGAUCCUCUACUGCGUCACCUACCAUUUUUUGGGCGUCUGCGCGCCUUCGCUCGAGUGCAUCCACUUGUGGGAAGUCCUCGAUAAUUAA